GAUGGCAACCCCAGUCUCUCCGUCCCCCUGGGGUGGCCUUGCCCUGUUCCAUCCAUUUCCCAGGGUAGCCUCCACCAGUCCCCUCUGUGCCCCUGGGAUGGCCAUGCCACGUUCCCUUCAUCCCUUGCCCUGUCCCCUCCAUCCCCACAGGGUGGCCCUCACCAGUCCCCUCCAUCUCCACCACCAGCCAGCCUGUCCUGUCCCUCCAUAACAGCCUCAAGGACCCUACUCUGUCCCCCAGGACGACCCUUCCAGCUCCUCUCCAUCCCCAACGAUGCCUCUCCCUACCUCCAUGGGGACUUCCCAGCCCUGUCACCUGGCUGUCCCCACAGCACAGGCACCAAGCACUGGAGUUUCCCAACCUUGGCCAUCGUUUGCCUGCUUCGUUACCCUGCUCCCGCUGCCCACCGCGGGGUGACAGCCUGUUUUCACACGUCUGCAGGGGUGACACCAACAAGCAGCAGCCGGCGUGGCACAUCCCCGCAGCCAGGGCCCUGGUGCCAGCUGGAGCUUCCACACCUCCUGCAGACACCGUGCUCCCCCUUCCCAGGCCCAGCCGGAGAGGAAAGGCGUAACAAACGCUAGAUGGGUGGCUCCGAUCCGUGUUAAUGGCCCCGCACAUGACAGGUGCCUUCAGGAAUCUGACCCUGGGUGUUGGUGCACAUCAUGCCGGGCAGGGUGGUGCCUGGUGCGGCCAGGGAGCCCAGCCUGGGCAGGAGGCACCGGCCCCAGUGCCACAGCAAUCCUGGUGCUGGGGGUCAGCCCAGGUGAUGUUUGGGAUCAAAAGGCAGUUUUACCUUUAACACCCACCUCCCAAAUUGAGCUGGAAGCUGCUCUGACGCUGGGAAGCAAAGCAGCGGUGUUCGGGCAGUGCUGGGCAGGGCUGGAUACAGCGGCUGACCUGCCGGGGCUGCUGGCGUUGGCAGGGUGCUUUACUCUGUGGGGAAUUCCAGGCUUUGCAGUAAAACCUUAUUCAGAGUCAAAGCCAAAACCUGGGAAGCCACCUGGGAAGUUUUUGUAUGUUUUUAGUAUUUACAACAACAUCUUUUCCACUUCUAUGUCACAAGCUGAAGUUUUCAAAAAAACACAUUCAAAUUCCAAUAAGGACCAUUUUGAUCCAAACCUACACACACUCCCUGUUUCCUGAUUAAUACCAAGUACUUGCUAUAUCCAGCAGUAAACCUCCCUCAGGGGUACUCCUGAUAGAUGUACAGAUACCUCUGCUCUCCCAUUUCUUCUGCUUCCCCUCAGCCACUGCCCAGGUGCAGGCUGCUAACCCGUGGGCAGGGGCAUGUGGUUUUUCUGGGUUUUCUUGGGCACUCACCCCCUCUGGUCCUGCAGGAGCUGUUGCCAUGCUCAGCAGCAUUAGGAAGAUGCUUUUUCCAAACCUAAAUGUGAAGUUUUUUAAUGUGACAGUGGAAAUUGGUGCCUGCCAAGAGCUGGGAACUGUUGCUCCCUGGAGCGAGGUAGCAGCAAGCGCGAGCUGUGGCUCCAACCCCUAGAGCUGUGAGCCCUGCGAGGCCUCAGGUCUGCGUGGCCGGGGACAUCUGCUUGGGGACCCACUGGAGUGCGUCACAAGCAGCGAGAAGCUGACUGAAGAUUUAGGCCAAAACCCAUUUUGCCAGCUCUCAUGUGCUGCCAAAUACCAUCACAAUCCGAGUGUCCUUGGGGACCUGAAGUGUGACAACAUCCUCCAGCACAGAACACGAGCAACAAAGUCCCCAGCUUUGUUCCUCCCAAGGGGUGCUGUGGGGGGAGGCUGUUCUCAGCCUGGCUUCCUGCAGCUCAGUGGCAUGCAUGUCCCCAGACUGAUCCAGGACAUUCCUUAUCCAACCCAAGCCCAUGACACCCAGGCCUGGGCAUUAACAACGUAGAUGUAGACAAUGACAAUGUAGAAAUGAAUGUCCUACGAUGCCUCCACCAUGAGAGCAGGGCACUGGCUGCUUGUCCCUGGCUUUCGUCCCAAGGAAAGGCAGCCCUUGUUUCCCCAAGCCGCAACUGGCAGCACCCCACCAGCUCCAAACAGAGGCAGGUCUGGAGCACACACAUGAACGGGGCGACCGCCACAAACCACGCAGCACCCUUGAGCAAAGGGGCAACCAGCAGCCCAGCUAUGUGGCAGGGCAAUGGCGAAGGUUAAGAGGCUCCCAUUUCCCAGUGCUGAGCAGUACGGGACUGCCCACGCCCUGGCCGAGCUGCAGGCAGUGCAAGGCAGAGCUGCCCAGCACGCUGCACUGGCCUCGAGCCCGCAGGCAGGGGCACCAGGGGCUGCGCCAGGGGAAGCUCAUGUCCCGGGCAGGAGGGGCAAGGAUGGAGCACGUUAGUGAAAACACACCGAACCCCAGAGUGUGUGGGACCUGGCACGUCCCAGGUACUCCCAGUUUCUUACUGGUAAAGCGCAUUUCUCUAACCAGUGAGUGCAGAUCACCUGUGCCCAAAACGCAGCGCAGAAAAGCUGCCGUGCCUGGGAAUGGCAGAGGGAAGGGACUCACGGGGAGGGUGCUGAACAUGGCUCUCACCUCGGCCAGACCCCUGGGCUGGGUUUUGCAGCUGGCUGCUGCGGGGCCAGCAGCAGUGAGCCAAGAUUGAGGCAACAAACACAAAUAUGAGGAAGUAGGAAUUGCUCCAUCUCCCACUCCCCUGAGUGAGUGGCCCCAUUUCCUUCAUUUUUACAGAGAAAAAGCCUGGUUCUUCAAAACAACAAAGCAUCUCUGACCACAGCUUCCCUUCUGAGCUAAAUAAUCAGAGAAGCAGAAAGCGGUGCAGAUCCCUGGCCCUUUCUGGAACCCACUUUCAGGUGGGUGCAAAGCUGCAGCCCUCUGAAAAAUGGGAGAAAAAAAAUAGUCACAAGUCCUCAAGAACCAAGAUGGGUUUUCACACUGUAAGGCACAUUUUCUGCUAUUGCUACAGCAGCAAAAAUAUCUGGCAACAAAGAAUUUACUGAUUCCCUAAUUACAAAUAGCAGGGGCUGAACUGCAGCAGGAAGCAGAGACCAGACAUUACAGCAGGCAUUACAAGAACAGCCAAUCUGAAAAGCACUACAUCCCCUUCAAGAGAUCCAGUUUUAUAGCAUUUCACUGAAAAUAAAUUACAUUCCCAGCAAACACGUGAAGGCCCUUCAGUCUGGCAGAAUCAAGACUGUGAUUUUAGUAGGGCUGUGUAGGUUAAUUCACUUGAAGGCGAACAUAAAAGCCAACACCAUCCCACAGGGUAUUUAAUGCAAUCUGCUUUUAAGCAUGCAUUGCACAACAUGGAACUAAUCAUUCUCAGAUAUCAAGAUUCCCCUCUUACUAUUCCAGCUACCUCUUGGUACGAGCACGACCAGUUUGAAAUGCCAUGGAAGACACAUGCCCCAUCCCGCUCCUGACACACAUGUACACUAUCCAUGGUCCCUUGAACACUGCCCAGCCUUUACGUGCAUCCCAUGCCCCGAAGAGAAAGCUCCUGCACCUGGCAAGUGGGUAGGAACCAUCUAAAACUGACAACAGAGGAGAUCAGGCACAGAGCUUGAGCCAUGCACGCUGAUCGCAGCCUGCUUCUGCCCAUCUAGCCCAUAUCCCAACUUCUCCCCAUGUUGCCACAGUUGUUCUUCUCUAAUCUGUCCCUUUCUCUAACCUUCACCUCCUCCCAAAAAAACCCUCCUCCAAUUACUUUUUCCCACUGGGCCCAGCCUUGCUACGUCUGCAGCCCAAUUUGGUGUUUCUCACUGGGUCACCUCCACCCAGCCAGGUUCCACACCCCAGGUGGUCCCCGUGUGCCUCCUCAGUCAUGGGUGAAGCUCAGUCAUUGCCCCGGGUCCUCUCUGUAGUGGUCCAGCAGCCACCUGCUGCAUACAGCCAUCUCUGGGCACAUCUUCUCCUUUCUCCUGGUCCUUUCAGUGACCCAGACUGCGAGCCACAGCCUGGCCACCUGCCUGCACACCCUAACAGAGAGGUCCUGCAUUUUAUGGAGAUAAGCAGAUCGUGUGAUCAUUAUGAAAUAAAUAGGUUUUUUUAAUUACCUAAGAACUUUAUUGCUAUUUAGUCAGUUCGGUCCUUAAAGAACAUCUCUGAAAGCAUGGAAACUUUAGUAAAUGGAUUCCCUUUACAUUCGUUCAUGAGUACCUGAGAAUAAUUUUUUGCUCAUAAAAACCAAAGUAACUUAGCCUUUGAUUAUUUCAGAACUAAAAAAAAAGCAAACCCUACUAAUUUCUCACAGUCACAAUUCCUAGCAAUGUUCAUCAACUGAUUUUUCACAAGGUGCACUAUAAAAACCGAGUCCCUUGGAAGGGUUUUUCAGAAUCAGGCACAUGAGUUUUGGAAGUACCAGUGGAAACUGCACAAAAGGAAGCUCUCCACCAAGAUAAAGAGCAUCGAACACCUCAGACCUUACAGAAGGCUGCAGGCACUGCUCAGAGUGCUGUGGAAGAGCAUGAAUGUUCCCUCGGUAAAACAUCACCUGAUGAUAGCCAGUGUCAAGACAGCCAAGUGUUACACAGGCUGUCUUGUACUCAGGCAUGGCGCAAGAAAUUUAGCAGGAAGCAGGCGUAGCCAGCUGUGUACAAGGCGCUUGGUGCUUCUGUAGGCUGGAUCACACCACACAAGUGCUCAUCUCAUACUCAGAGGUCAGCUCACAGUGGAGCAACCACAGCUCUGAGUGCAGGCUACAUAUGACCGAAACUGCUCUUCAUUUUAUUGGCUAAUUAUAAAGAUUAGCCAAACAUUUCAAAGGAAGGAAGGGAGGAAAAACCCAAACAAAAGCCCCAGUGUGGCUGUCAGAAGUACCACUUCUGUUCUUCAGAACGACACUGUCAUCCACGCUGGUGGAUGAAGCCAGAUCGUCCCUAGCCCCUGUGUUGUGAUCAUCAACACCAUCAAGUCUUUGCAGUCACACACACAGCAGCUGUAAAAACAAAUUUGCAAAAGCUGAGAUUAACGCAAAGCAAAAAGCCCCAGAGGCUGAUUACAGUGAAACAAUCAACAUGCAAAACAGUAAUCCUCAGCACCCUUCUGAGGAAGGUGUUGGUAUGCCUAUUUCUCAAGAACACCAGAAGCUGGAAGUCAAAACAUAACUCCCCCACUGAGUAAACGUUUAAGAAAAAGCCAGCUCCAAAGCCUACAAAAGCAGUCAAUCAUCAGAGCUACAAAAUGGAGGGGCUGGGUAAGCAACAAGGAGAUGAACUUAAGAGAAGCCACCUCCUUCCCCUAACAAGCCCACAAGAAAAAAAACCACAACAGUUCUUGAACACAGCCCCAGUGAACACAAGAAAAGCAGCAUCCCACCCCUUUUGAGGAAAGCUGGCUGACGAGGAGCAAGGCCACCAGACAGCAGAAGCAAGCCCACAAGGGGCUUGAAAGAUCAUCCGAGUCAUACAAAAUGACAACAAACAAUAAAUAUGAAAAGACUUGGGUACAUUUUAGGAAAUAAAAAACAUUUAAGCUACUUCCAUCCUAGCAAAAGUAAAUAUAAAGAUCAUUUUACGACGAAGAUGGAGUUCAACUGAUGUCUCUCAGCAGCUUGAUGUUAAGUUUUGCCCUGGGUGAUAACCAGCAACUUUAUAAAAGGACCGAAGGGUCCCACGCACCAUGGUGACUGCCCAGGGUGCAGGUGUGGCUGCCUGUGACAUCACACAGCAGCUUGUGCUGGGUGCCCACCCACCCGCCACACCAGCACCCCAGGCAGCCACCAUGGUGUGCGGGUACACCACCUGCCGCCGCGUGUGAGGCACACCAGCACCAACUCACGCAGCUCCCCCCAGCUCUCCCACCAUGGAUGAUGCUCUGGUGCUUGGAGAGAAAGGCUACGUCCUGAGCAACACGCUAGGAGAAGGCUCUUUCGGCAAAGUGAAAUCUGCCUACUGCAACUCCUUGAAAUGCAAUGUGGCCAUCAAGAUAAUUGACAAGAGGAAAAGUCCUCAGGACUUCCUGAAAAGAUUUCUCCCCAGGGAAAUUGAGGCUUUGAGAUGUUUGCACCACCCCUCAAUCAUCAAAACCUAUGAGAUUUUUGAGACAUCAGCUGGAAAAGUGUACAUUGUGAUGGAGCUGGGGGAAAAGGGAGACCUCCUAGACUACAUUAAGAACACAGGAGCUAUGGAAGAGGACAUCACUCGCAUCAAGUUUCAGCAGCUGGUUUCUGCCAUCAAGCAUUGCCACGACUUAGACUUUGCUCAUAGGGACCUGAAAUGUGAGAACAUCCUUCUUGACAAAGACCUCAACAUCAAGCUGUCAGAUUUCGGCUUUUCCAAAUUCUUGUCUCGGGACAAACACGGAAGAACUAUUCUCAGCAAAACCUUCUGUGGGUCUGCUGCGUACGCAGCCCCUGAAGUGCUACAGGGCAUUCCCUGUGACCCCAGGAUUUCCGACAUAUGGAGCCUGGGUGUCAUCCUGUAUACAAUGGUCUAUGCUUUAAUGCCAUUUGAUGAUUCCAAUGUCAGGAAAAUGAUCUGUAUUCAGAAACAACACAGGAUUUCCUUCCCCAACUCAAAAUAUCUGACUGUGGAGUGCAAGGACCUCAUUUACCACUUACUCCAGCCCAAUGUGUCUCAGAGGUUGUGCAUAGAUGAAGUUUUGAAACACUCAUGGUUGCAGACUCCAAAAUCCACAACCCCUUCCCCUCUGCUAGCUGCAGAAGAGGGUGAGCGUUCCCAAAACCUGUGUGAAGGAAAGCCUGAGCACGAGCAGCAAGGCAGAUCCCACUCUCCACAAAGGGAAGGAGAGGAGAAUGAAACUGGAUCUUCUUAAGGAUGGCUGGUUUUCACAAUAAUACAAAGUUGGUCUAACUUGUGAACUGCUGGAUCUCAACUUCAGCUUCUCUGGACCCUUCUAGCAAUAGUCUUUAUCUUUGGCUUUACAAAGCAUAGCAAAAGACAACACAGUACAUCUGCUAAGGUGAAUGAACAGCUUAACACUAUUAUUCCCAAAAGACCUGUCUCUGAUAUGUUUUGGGGGCAUGAGAACUUACUGUCAAAACACAUUGGAAAGUUUCUUUCAGUGCUGCUGACACUUAACAGCUCUUACACUCAUGUUUCUCAGGUUCCUACUACACCGGCUGCAGAAUUCACACGUGCAUCAAUCACAUUUUGGAUUCAGUAAGAGGGAGUUAUUAGGGAGUGCGAACUGAUGCCUGAAACUGUAUGCAUACCGUUUUCAUAACAUACCAACUCUCUUGACAGGCCCGCUGUACGUUCAAGA